AACUCAUUUCCGGUAAGGAAGUUGCUGGUCCAAAACAAACAGAUGUAAGCUUGUCGCUUAAAUGUUUUAACUUUCAAAGAGUCUUUAUGGUAUAUAAUUCAUAAACAUACUGUAGUAAACAAAGACCAUCCAUGGAGACACCAGAGCCUGGCCCAGCUGACGGAGAGGAGCGCCCGGUAGAGCUGCGACCUCGGACCCGCUCCAACCCUGAAGGUGCUGAGGACCGUCGCAGCAGCACAGGUAGCCUUGGAGGCAACGGUAACCAGAACAUUUCUCAGCCAGCUGUGGGGAGUCGUGUGGAGGGUGAGGGCGAGGCCUCGACCAGCGACAGCCCUCCGAGCUCCAUCACCACGACCAUCUCAGCCGCUGCAGCUCAGGCCUCUGCUUCUUCGGCUGCUGGUGCAGGAGCUGCAGCCAGCACCACAGUACAGCUGUCAGCUGCUGCAGUGUCAGCUAAAGAAAGACCAAAGUCAACACAGCAACAGUCCACUCUCACAGCACCCGUCCCACCACCUGCAGAGUACCAGAUCAACGUUCCUCGGGUCAACUGUCCAGAGAAAGUGAUAAUUUGCUUGGAUCUUUCUGAAGAGAUGUCCUUGCCAAAGUUGGAGUCUUUUAACGGAUCUAAGACAAAUGCUUUGAACAUAUCCCAGAAGAUGAUUGAGAUGUUCGUGAGAACAAAGCACAAGAUUGACAAACGGCACGAGUUUGCUUUGGUUAUUGUCAAUGACGAUGCCCUGUGGCUGUCAGGCUUCACGUCUGAUCCCAGGGAGCUGUGCAGCUGUCUGUAUGACCUGGAGACUAAUGUGUGCGAGUCUUUCAAUCUGGAAGAUCUUCUUAAUGUUAUUCGUCAGAAAAUUGAUCUUCCCUCAAUGGAGAAUGUUCAGACCAUCCCACCGCCGUACGUGGUGCGAACGGUGCUCAUCUACAGCCGUCAUGCUGGACCUUUACAGCUCAACCCCUCCGAGGCGGUUAGUAAAAUGCUGCAAUCCCCCUAUUUUUUCUUUGAUGUGAUUUAUUUACAUAACGGCGUGGAUGAGCAGGGAGAUGAAACCAGCUGGAGGGACAACUACUCUUCUUUCUGUAACCUGGACUCAAAGGGCAUGUGCUACCAUUAUGAAGUCUCCCUGAGUGGGCUUGCUAUCGAGCUGCACAACUGCAUGGCUAAGCUGUUGGCCCAUCCUUUACAGAGACCUUUCCAGAGUCACGCAUCUUACAGUCUGCUGGAGGGCGACGACCCCCAGGACUCCGAAGCGAUGGUGUAAAGCAGACACAAGCUGCUGGUGAGCAGAGAGUACUCUGUUCUACUGGUUUUAAAAGGAUUUUUUACUUCUCCAUUUACUGACAUACAGGUCAUGAGAAUUACUGCAACGUGACUGAUUGUCAGUAAUGAUGGCGAGGAUGUAAAUGUAGUGGUUAAGGCACUGAGCUUACACCCAUAUUCAUUUUAAUCAUCUCCUUGUAAAUCCUAAGGUAGGAAAUCAAGCAAAUGAAAAUAAGUGCAACACGUUUCCACAAAGAGCUUUUGGACAGAAUAAAAUAAAUGUUUUAAAUGUCCUGCACAAAACUCACUGGUUUUAUCUGUUUUGAUGCCUUUCAGUUGGAAACUUCCCUCUUUUUUAUAGCUUGUUUGAAUGUAUUUUCUGUUUUUAAAGGGUUGUUGUUCAUUUGUUUUGUUUGAUCAGAUGUAUUUUCUUUGACAACGAUCUCUCUGGUGGUGGAAAUCCAGCUUUUCUAAAGUUGUUUUUGGGUUAUUAAAAGUCAUGUUUAGUUCUGAGCAAAUGUUUUCUUUUGCUUUAAAUAUUUUUGGCCAGGAGAUGGCAGCAAAUCCUCGUUUGAGAUAAAGCUAAACAUCUUCAUGCUUCACUGGGGGAGAACUUUUACUCUUUUGAAGACUAAAACUACAAGCAGAUGAAAUGGCAAAUGGUUGAAAUCUAUUUAAUUCUGUUAAACGUGCCUCCUGUACAUUUACCACUGUAGAAGAUGAUGCCAUUUCCUGCAUUUUAACAGGUUGUUGAAGAUUUUUAAAUUAACUAGUGAAACAAGAGAGCUUUAAAAACUAACUAAAUGGUUGAGCGUCAGCCUGAGGAAGUUUGCAGCCGCAAACGAAACGUAGCGGGAAAACAGGUAAACAAAACUGCUGUGUUUUAAAAAAGAACUACAGCAUGGCACUAAAUGGUCACUGAAAUAACAUUAAGAAAUGACAAUAAAAGGCCUGGUUAUUUUUAACCUGAGCUAUCAUCUGAAUUUCAGAAAUGAAUCAGGGUCUGUUUGGAGCGUUAAAAAUAAUAAACCUUCAUUUAAAAUGUU